CCCGGCCGUUCGGACCGACUUGUACCUACAAAAGACCGGAGCUUUACCUCUCCCCGCAAUUUUCCUCCGGUCAGCAAUCCACGGCGAGAGAGAGAGAGAGAUGGAGGGAGGGAGAACGAAGAGGAUGGAGUCCCUGGGAUGGCUGACGGAGUCGGCGGUGAUGCCGAAGAAGCACAAGGCCAUCGAGGGCGUGGGAGCAUCCUCCAUUGUAGAGCUCAAGGCUCAGCUUUACCGCACCCAGGAAGAAUCCCGUAAGACUCGAGAGUCGGCCCCUGAUUCCUCUGAGUACCUCCGUGCCAAGAAGAAGAUUCUUCCAUCUGGCCCGUUAUCCCAUAAGAACCCCGGAGUAGAGGAACGCGACAAGAGAGACAAGCUGGAGCUGAAAGCUAUAAAAGAUGGCUCAGUAAGCUAUGCAGCUCUAGAGAGGAAAGCUGAACUAUAUGAAAAGCUAGUUAGAGGUGAGCUCCCUGAUGAGGAAGACCAAGAGAAGUACUGUGUGGAUUUCUUCAAGAAAAGCAUUACAGAAGUCGAACCUGAGCAGCCUGAAGAAAGAAGCCCUGCUUCUGGUUACCCUCAAGAAAAACAAGAUGGUAAAGAUGAUGAUGCAGUUCUAAGCACAAGGCCAUUUGGACCUGGGCGAACAAACUCCACAGUAGAUUCUGAUGAGCACAAGCGUUUUGUGAGAGAAGUUCAUGAAGAGGCGAGCCAGGCCAGGGAGAAGAGUACACUGGUCAAGCUGCGACGGCAAGAGCAAGAGGCCGCUCGAAGAGAGAAACUCAGGCAGGCUUAUCUGAGAAAACAGCUAGAGAAACUGACUUCUUCAAAUCAGAAAUCGGCAUGAUUAUCUGAUUUGUAAGCCAUUGGAAUGGGAUUAUGAAGGCUUCGUUUGGGACGACUUUAUUACUAUUUCUUAAAGCAACUUUUUAGAAUAAAAAAUAUUUUUUUUGUAUUUAAAAGCUAUUUUAAGAAGCAUGAAGAAAACCGUCCCAAACGAAGCCGAAGUUGCCAUUGCUCAACUUUCAUAGAAGCAUUGGAGUCGCACAGUGGUUGUUAUAUGUGUAGUAUUUGAUACUUUUGAGAGAUUUUCAGCUUUUGUUUGGGCUAUUCAUUGAAUAAUGGAGGAGGAAAUCACAAUGGGGGUUGCAGGAAUGUAAAUUAAGAUAAAAUGUUUGUCUUUUUCUUCAACGAACAUGUAGAAAAGAUCUUUGCUUGAGCCAGAAUCAAUUGGCUUCAAGGCAGAUAGGUUUUCAU